CUCCGCCGCGCCCGCCGCCCAAUGCGCCGGCCCACCCGCGGAAUAGGCAGCGGUGUAUGGGCGGCCGCGCCCGCUCCCUCAUCCGCUGGCUGCGCCACCACCGCUCCCGCCGCGUCUCCUCCGCCUCAUCCUCGUCCUCCUCCCACCUGACCGCGCGCACCAAUACAUCCUCCGCGACCACCGCCACCAGCGACCCCCGCGCCCGCUCGCUCCCGCAGCCGCAGGACGACGAGGCCGACUGGGAGCAGGAGGAGCAGGAGCAGGAGGUCGCCGACGGCCCCGAGCCCGGCCCCGAGGGAUACAUUGUGCUCGAGCGGGAGGGGGAGGCCGGGACCCUGCGCGUCGCCCUACCCCGCGCGCCCGCGCGCACCAGCCCGCCGCCACGCAUGGAUCCCGGCAAGAAGACCUCGGAAUCCGAGUUCUUCACGGAGUACGGUGAACUAAACCGGUAUCAGGUCAGCGAGGUCAUUGGCAAAGGGAGUUACGGAGUUGUGGCUGCUGCUAUCGACACCCAGACCGGCGAGCGUGUGGCCAUCAAGAAGAUCAAUGACGUCUUUGAUCAUGUCUCCGAUGCCACCCGCAUCCUUAGGGAGAUCAAGUUGCUCCGGCUGCUGCGCCACCCGGACAUAGUUCAGAUCAAGCACAUUAUGCUCCCCCCUUCAAGGAGGGAAUUCAGGGACAUAUAUGUGGUCUUUGAGCUGAUGGAGUCCGAUCUCCAUCAGGUAAUAAAAGCGAACGAUGAUCUCACACCAGAGCAUCACCAGUUCUUCUUGUAUCAGCUGCUCCGGGGAAUGAAGUACAUCCAUGCAGCGAGUGUUUUCCAUCGGGAUCUUAAGCCCAAGAAUAUUCUAGCGAAUGCUGACUGCAAGCUCAAGAUUUGUGAUUUUGGGCUUGCCCGUGUAUCAUUUAAUGACGGGGCUCCAUCAGCCAUAUUCUGGACGGACUAUGUUGCAACUAGAUGGUAUCGUGCUCCAGAAUUGUGUGGCUCUUUUUUCUCAAAGUACACUCCUGCAAUUGAUAUUUGGAGCGUAGGGUGUAUCUUUGCAGAAAUGCUCACAGGGAAGCCACUCUUUCCAGGGAAGAAUGUUGUCCAUCAAUUGGAUCUCAUGACUGAUGUACUUGGCACUCCUUCAGCAGAAUCUCUCGCUAAGAUACGGAAUGAGAAAGCUCGGCGAUACUUGAGCAAUAUGAGGAAGAAGCCUAAAGUUCCCCUUACCAAAAAAUUUCCAGGCAUCGAUCCUAUGGCUCUCCAUUUGCUUGAGCGUCUUCUUGCUUUUGAUCCUAAGGAUAGGCCAACUGCUGACGAGGCCCUGACAGACCCAUACUUUACCGGAUUAGCAAAUUCAGAACGUGAACCCAUAGCACAGCCCAUCUCAAAACUUGAGUUUGAGUUCGAGAAGAGAAAGUUGGGCAAAGAUGAUGUCCGAGAAUUAAUUUACAGAGAGAUUUUAGAGUACCAUCCUCAGAUGUUGCAAGAAUACCUACGUGGAGGAGACCAGAUGAGCUUCAUGUACCCUAGUGGGGUUGAUCGCUUUAAGCAGCAAUUCGCUCAUUUGGAAAAAGGUGGUGCAAAGGGUGAAAAAGCCAGUCCACAGUUGCGACAAAAUGCCUCCUUACCAAGGGAAAGAGCAAUUGGUAAUAAGCACGGAGAUAGUGAGUACCAAGUAAAGCUGAAUGCAGGUGAGAAGCCAGUACAUGCAUCAGUGACAGAUGGAAUAAGCAAACCCCUCAUGAGCGCUCGGAGCUUACUGAAGAGUGAAACCAUGAGUGCUUCCAAGUGUAUAGGUGAAGUAAAAAAUAAAGAUGAUGAAUACGAGAGCGUGGAUGCAGCUGACGGCGUCUCUCAGAAGGUCGCUCAACUGAAAACCUGAUUUUCGAAGGUUACAGAAGCGAUCGGUAGUAUAUACUAUGUACAACAGCAUGUCUAUAGGCGCUCAAGAUCAGAAUGAUCUUUAACCGAAGCCAAGAAUUCUAUACAACAAAUAAGACCACAAAAUCAUCUGUUAUGGUAACCUUGUUGUGCUGUAAUGUAAAAUUUUCUACUCGUUUUCUAUACUUUGUCAAAGAAGAACCAUGUCUAACCGACAAGCUAGUUCCUCGUCCUUUCCUCGGAGGAGCUGCCAUGAUCCUGUACAAUUUUGUCAAUAUGAAGUACCGCGCCCCUAUAUUUCUGUUCACAUGAUGUUUUCUGUAAACCUUCUGCAAUCAGAGAUAUGCUCUUCGCCUCUGUAAAUUUAUGCAAAUGUUUGUCUA